UGUGUGGAUGCGAGUUUGUAGGGAUGUGUGCCUAAUUAUUCCAUAAAAAGGAAGAGUUCCUUGCGAGUUCUUUUGAUCAUUAUUUAUAUAAAUUACGGAUUUAUUGACAAUGGAGUGUAAGAUUUGUACAUAAUAAAUAAUCUGCGAUGUCGGACGAUUCAGAUUAUGAUGUGGAACAUGAGGAAAUUGAUGUUUAUAAAAGAAAAUACCAAUUGUUAGCCGAACGAUGCGAAGUUUUACAACAAGAUAACGAACGUCUGGUUCAUCGAAUUCAGCGAGUCAGAAAAUUAUUAAAACGGACGAAAAAGGAAAAAAAAUAUUUAAUUAAUCGUCUCGAUCAGCAUGGUGACAGAUGGAGGGAAGCACCCAUGGGUGUGCUGGAGGAGAAUAGUAUAUUUCAAAGUACACCAAAGCAGGAUAAGGGCUCAAAGUCGGCUUCUAAUAAUAUUAAAGAAGAGAAACCGAAGAAGGGAACGAAAAGAAAAGGAACAAAAGCCGAUCCGAAUGCUCCAAAAAGGCCAGCCAAUCCAUUUUUUCAAUUUUGUCAAGAACAACGGCCUCGCGUAAUGGAGCGUUUAGCUGGCGAGCCUGAACCGAGUAAGCAAGAACUUACGAGACAGUUAGCAACAACGUGGAAAUCACUUAGUUCCGAAGAUAAAAAGGUUUAUUAUGAUAUGUACGAGCGAUCGAAAGAGAAGUAUGUUGCCGAAAUGCAAAUUUACAAUAAGAAAGCAGAAGAUACUCCGCAACAAAUGUCCUUAAAUGUAUCUUAAUGUAUGAUAAAUCUGUACAUAGUAAUAAAAUUUUUAUAUCUCCUAUAUAUA